GUAGAAUUAUCAAAUGUGUACAAAGUUUUCGGCUAAAUAUUUUAUAUUGUUUAAUGGAAAUUUAAUUUUGUGUAAAGUAUAUAUUUUUGGUUAGAUAUUACAAACAUUAGGUGACUUAUGUGCAUAUGAGUAUUAUUUGAGAAUCAUGUUAGAUUUCUUAAAAAAAGUACGGCAACACCAGAAAUCCUAGAAGUUAUGUUAAAUAACCUAUCCAAUUUUAAACAGGACGACGUUAACAUUGCGCAUGCUUAUAAAUAUAUAUAAUAAUAUUCGAUUACCUGUUUCAUACAUGUAUAUGAACUGAUUUAAUUCUUGAAUAUCAUUUUACAACAAAAGUUUAAAUGUAUUUUUUACAAAAUUGUUGAUUUAAAAUAACCAAUUAUAAAGAUUUUUAAAUAGAACAUUUGUGUUUUUGAAUCAAGUCGAAAAUAAAAUAGUAUAACGUUUUGUGUCAUGGGGUGCUUAAGUAGCAAAGACCGUUUAACAAAAGAAGAUAUGGAAUUUCUAAAAUCUCAUACUCGCUAUGAUGAAGCCACUAUAAAGGAGUGGUAUAAAGGAUUUAAGCAAGAUUGUCCCAAUGGAAGAUUAACACCAGCAAAAUUUGUGGAUAUGUACAAAAUGUUUUUCCCAUCUGGAAAUGCAGAGGAAUUUUGUGACCACGUUUUUCGUACAUUUGAUAUGGAUAAAAAUGGAUAUAUUGACUUUAAGGAAUUUCUUCUUGCCAUUGAUGUAACAUCAAGCGGAACACCAGAAGAAAAAUUAAAGUGGGCAUUUCGAAUGUACGAUGUUGAUGGUAAUGGAGUUAUUGAUAUUCAAGAAAUGACAAAAAUAGUACAGGCUAUUUAUGACAUGCUUGGAGCAUGUUCUUCAAAUCGGCCAGCUGAUUCUGCCGAAGAACGUGCGAAAAAUAUAUUUUCUAAAAUGGAUGAAAAUAAUGAUGGUCAAUUAACGCAGGAAGAAUUUUUAAAAGGCUGUCUUCAAGAUGAAGAAUUGUCGAAAAUGUUGGCGCCCUAAAUAAUUAAUCUCAUUUAUGUAAACAUUACUUUUAAACUAAUACUUCUUAAUGAUAAGCUAUGCACAAUAAACAUGACUACUUAAAACAAACAA